UGAGAACUCCUCUCAAAGGCUCCUGUUCAGGAAAAGGAUCUUCAGGAUAAACGGUGUGGGACUCUGGAGGAGAACGGUGACCUUGAAAGAGCUCUCAAGAUGAGGAGGAGAGGAAGUUAUGAUGGCAUCACUGCCUCCAUACAGCCACACCUGCGCAGUCUGACACAAAGGAGACAGUCUGCACCAAACCUGGUGCUGGGGAAGGCUUUAGGAAUGUCUUGGAGCCCGAUAAGGGAGGAAGCUCAAUGCCUGGUGGCAGUGGAUCAGUGUCCCUUCGUGCUGGGAUUGACUGACGAGAAGUCAGAACUGAUUCUGGAUGAAUGUGCUCAACUGACUGAAGGACCAAAGACCAGGGAAAGACACCUCUUCCUCCUCAGUGACGUCCUGGUCAUUGCCAAGCUCAAGUCAAAUGCAAGUUACAGACUGAAACACAGGAUUGAUUUAAAGGACCUGUGGGCAUGCAGCUUUGAAAAUGAAGAUGAGGAGACAGAGGAUGAAGAUAGAGGUGUUGAUUUAAGGACAUCCAUCAUAUUGGCCUGGUCUGUCUUUCUGUGCCUGGUGUCAUUCCGUCUGCCUGAGCUGAGGGAUCGCUGGUUAGAUACUCUACACAGGAAAACUGCAGAGGCAAGAUUGAGAGCAGACAGCCCUUCCCCACCGCCCAGCGUCCUCAUGAAGGUGUUGAGUGGCAAUACCACGAAUAAAACUCUAAGUGGAGUUGGGAUGGACUCUGUCGUCGAGUUGCAUCUUGAUGGUAACGGCAAAAUCACCACCUUCUCAAAACAGUUUCAUAAUCAGGAGGCGCAUGCACAGCAGCCUAUUGGAGAAAACGGGAGCAAAAGGAGCUUGUUCUCAUUCAAGUUUAAGAGAAGCACCACAAACCCAUGUGUAUCAGCCAAUCCUGAGUCCAAUGCGAAGAACAUGCUGUUUGGACGACAUCUCCAAGAUGACACCACAAUUCCAAAACCAAUAACUGAAAUACUGUUGCUGUUGUUCAGGAAGGGUCCAUUCACUGAGGGUGUAUUCAGAGUCCCAUGUAACAGCAAAAACCUGAGUGCUCUCAGAGAUCAGCUGAACUCUGGGGCUGAGGUGGACUUGGAAGCCCUGCCUGUGACUCUCUUGGUUGGACUGUUGAAAAUAUUCCUGAGGGAUCUCCCUGGAUGUCUGAUGGUGUUUGAGCACUAUGAAAGCUGGAUCAGUGCUUUGGAGAAAGAGAGGACGCAGGACAUUCAAAGUGAGCUGAGAAGAAUGGCCAAGAAGUUGCCCAAAGCAAACAGCCUCCUCUUGCAGUAUUUGCUGUGCCUGUUUCACCAUAUCAGUCAGCAUUCAGAAACCAACAAAAUGGAUGCCAAGAACCUGGCAGUGUGCAUUGCCCCAACCCUGCUGCAUCGUGACAGCCAGCUCCCAGAAGUGGAUGAUGUAGACAAGGUCACAAGACUCAUCCAGUUCCUAAUUGAGAAUUGCUGUGAAGUAUUUGGACAUACGAUCCUGACUCUACUUGGGGAUUUUGAGGAGCAGGAAUCCAUUGACAAAUCAGAUACAGCGUCCUUGAUGUCCCCCGAUAUUUCCUUCGAUGUCCACCGGCAUGACUCAGCAUAUGACAGCACAGAUCCUGAUGUUGAUGGUGACUUUAUGGAAGCUGAAGGACUGACUCAGGAUGACAACGUUAUGCAACACAGAAGCCCAGCCUUUAGAAAGCUGGGCCACUGUGACAUUCAAUCAUGUUCCUCAGACGCCAUAUUUGACACUUUUACGAAACCUUUCAGUCGGCGGUGCUCAGAGCCCUCCAUCUUCCCUUCAACAACCAUGACAGGCUUAAGAGAGCUAGCUCGCAGCCAUGAUGACUUUUCCACUGAGAAGGAAGACUUUGAGGACCAACCGCUCAAGAAGCAGAACUCUGAUGACUCUUUUCUGCAUCCCCACCACUGUGAAAACAGAAGAUCCCAGCCAUCCCUCAAGAAACUGGUUGGGAGUUUGAACAUGGACUUGCCCAUCAGUGUGUCUUCUCCUGCAUCUAUGGCUGGUUCCUGCCCAUCCUUCUGUUCUUCAGAUAGUACCUCCUCAAAUGUCUCAGAGCAAUCAAUAAGCACAUCACCUCUGCCAUCCCCUGCAAGCCCCCGCAAAAUUCAGUCGACAAGGCAUUUAUCCUUUAUGAUCAAGCCUAAAGCUGACCCUGCUAAAGGAGACCUGGAGGUUAACCGACGAUCCCUCUCAAUGAGGACCAAAAACCUUGGAAACUUUACAUUUAUCAGAGGGAGUCUGAAGAAAGGGGACUCCCAAAAGGAAGUUGUCUUCCCAUGUGAAACUCUCCAAGAGGACUCUCAAAAUGAGGCAGAACACCCUGAUGAGCUUGUUCGGCGCCAACGUCCUCUCUCCGCCAUCGAAAUCUUCCAGCAGGUGGACAGCCGUAUGCCAUGCAGCCCCCCGUCCUAUGAGCAGGCGCUACUGAGUGGAGCCCAAUCAGCCCCCCCACAGUACAGGGCCAUGACGGUCCAACACGCCCGAGAUCUAGGCAGGAAAUCUCGCCCUUUCUCUAUGAACGACUACUUAUUGGGCAAUUACAAAGUUAACGAACCCACAGAAAGCACAGAAACUUUUACAGAAAGCGUUCAGUUAGAUGAACCACAGUCGGUUUUGUUGCGGCAGAGGGCCAUGUCAGAGUCAGUGUCCCAGUUGAGGCAUGAAGGAGUGUUGCGCAGGUGUAGUCAACCUGUUUUUGAGGAGUUCUCCUAUGCAAAGGAAUCGUAUGUGUGAGUGUUUCUUCUUUAAUUGCAAUGCUGUUAACUCUUUUCAGCACAGAUUAAAAAUAACCUGACUGUUAAGGUGAAAUAUUCGUCUUAAUAACAUAUAGGUGAGAAUUCACUGAACAGUUGCGCCACUUUUCUGCAGGUUAUUUCAGUGCAAAAACCUGCGUCUUAUUCACAUACUACCUGCAAACUAUUUUAAGCAGGGGCAAUCAACGCUGAAAUAGCACUGAAUCUUGAGCAUUUAAAAAAAGUCAAUGGUAUUCCUUUUCGCACAACAGCAAUUUCAUAUGCUAAUAUUAAAUACUUUUAAAGGGAUAGUUCACCCAAAAAUGAAAAUUCUGUCAUUUAUUCACCCAUAUGUUGUUAUAAACCUCUACACCUUAAUUUAUUAGGGGGUAAACAAAAGGAGGUAAAUCGGAAUGACAGCCUCAGUCAGCAUUCACUUUAUUGUAUGAAAAAAAACAUGUAAUGAAAGUUUAUAGCAAAAAACUGUCAACCCUUAAUAUUCUGCUUAACAUCUCCUUUUGUGUUCCAUGGAUUAAAGAAAGUCAUAUGGGUUUAGAAAACUUGAGGGUGAAUAAUUGAAGAUAGAAGUUUCAUUUUGGAUGAAUUACUCUGUUAAACUCUUGCCAGUAUGAAGCUAUGUAAAUAGACCAGUAACAAUAAUUAAAUUGUAUAAUAUAGUAAACUAGUUUACAUUGGUAACAGAUUGAAUAAUUUUGAUAUAGUCUGAAUGUAUAAUGUAUAUUACUAAGUUUUGUAUUGUUGCUACUCUUUAUUUCACUACAAUAAAGAAUCUUAAAAGCCA